GACGGACCCCGCGGGCUCCCUCCUCUCCGGCGGGGAUGGUCUCGCCCGCGCUUUCCUUCCUGUGCGCCGGUUGGGCGGUGGCCGCUUGCCGUCCGGAAGUGCCGCAUCCGCCGAUUCGCAUCGUCGCGCUCUGACACGGUUCUGCCGCUGCCGCCAGAGCCAACAGCCAACAUGUCUAGCAAAAGGGCAAAGACGAAGACCACCAAGAAGCGCCCUCAGCGCGCCACUUCCAAUGUAUUUGCAAUGUUUGAUCAGUCACAGAUUCAAGAAUUCAAGGAGGCUUUCAACAUGAUUGAUCAGAACAGGGAUGGCUUCAUUGACAAGGAGGACUUGCACGACAUGCUUGCCUCCCUCGGAAAGAAUCCAACGGAUGAAUACCUGGAUGCCAUGAUGAACGAGGCUCCGGGCCCCAUCAACUUCACAAUGUUCCUCACAAUGUUUGGGGAGAAGCUAAAUGGCACCGAUCCGGAAGAUGUCAUCAGGAAUGCUUUUGCUUGCUUUGACGAAGAAGCAACAGGGUUUAUUCAAGAAGACUACCUGCGGGAGCUGCUGACCACGAUGGGAGACAGGUUCACAGAUGAAGAGGUAGAUGAGCUCUACAGAGAGGCACCAAUCGACAAAAAGGGCAAUUUCAACUACAUUGAAUUCACACGCAUCCUUAAACAUGGAGCAAAAGACAAGGAUGACUGA